AUGGCUGAUGAAGAACUGAAGAAAGCUUUUCAAGACUUGCAAUUCAAAACGAAUGAGACAAAAAGUCGGAUUCAACAAGGAGAAAUCGCCAAAAAGAUGCAUUUGCAAAAAAAUCGCGUUUCUGAAGUAACUCACAAAAAUCUCGUUGGUGUACCUGAUGAUUUGCCAGUUUAUCGUAGUAUUGGAAGAAUGUUCUUAUUAACUGAUAAAGCUUCCGAGCUCACCAGACAUGAAACCGAAGCAAAAGAGUUCAAGUAAGUUAUGAAUGAAAUAAUUAUUGCAAAAAAAAUGAUGUAAUUUCAGAGAUAAAGUAGCAUCAAUCGAUAAGCAACGAGAAUAUUUGGAGAAAGGAUUAGCUGAAGCUGAAGCAAAUUUGCGGGAACUUAUCCAAUCUCGACGAGCUUAA